AUGCCCGCGCUGCAGCAGCAAGCUCCUCUGCUGCAGCAGCUGGUCGCAGACACAACGCAGCGGCUGAACAUGGCAGCAGAUGCAGCAGCAGCAGCAGCAGCAGCAAGCGACGCAGCAGCAGCAACAGGAACCGCAGCAGCAGCAGCAGCAGCAGCAGCAGCAGCGACGGACUCUGAGAAGCUAGAGCCGCAACAUGCUGUAACAAUUGGCCGCUGUGCUGCACGCAUGCGGCUGGGGUGUACGUACACCUCACUGACUAAGGUAUGUUGCUGCUGCCUGUUCUGCUGCAGCAGCAGCUUGGUGCCUGCUGCUGCCAGCUGCUGCGCUCCUGCUGCUACUGCGGGUUUUGCUGCUGCUGCUGCGUGCUGUCAUCCGCAGGGCCUCAGCAACUAUGUCUGCAACUGCCUAGCUCUCAGUUCACAGCAGCAGCAGCAGCAGCAGCAGCAGCAGCAGCAGCACGGCCGGCAGAGAAGCAGGAGAGAUACUUUUCUUGCAAUAUCGAAGUGCUUGUUUGCGAUUGCGCGGCUGCUGCAACAGCAACGGGAGCAGCAGCAGCAGCAGGAACAGCAGCGGCAGCAGCAGCAGCAGCAGCAGCAGCAGCACUGCGUGCUGUCGCCUGAUGAGCUGCAGAUGCUCUUGCUGUCAGCUGCAGCAAAUGUGAAGCUGCUGCAGCCUGAGGAAAUGCCACAGUUGCUUGCUGCUGUGAACUCGUUUCUCGCCCAGCAGCAGCAGCAGCAGCAGCAGCAGCAGCAGCGGCAGCAGCACGCGGGCACCGGCGACGCAGCAGCAGGAACAGCAGCAGCAGCACGUACUGCGCCGCUUUCCCUGCAGGAAGCUGCUGCGAUGUUUGCUGCUAGCUGCCGUGAUGCUGUGCAGCAGCAGCUGCAGCAGCAAAACAUAAACAAAGCAGACGUCGCGCUGCAGCUGCUGCUGCACAUGCACGUUUUGCAUGCACGCUGCGGCUGCCUGUUCUCUGACUCUGCUGCUGCUGACCCUGCUGCUGCUGCGUCUGCUGCUGCUGAAGACCUUGCUGUUGCUCCUGCUGCAGCAGAUGCUGCUGCUGCUUCUGCAGCAAAGGAGUGGCAAGCCGUUGCUGCAGGUCUUGCUGCGGCUGCGGAGGCUUUGCUGCAAGAGAUGCCAGGAGGCUCUGCCCAAGCAGCAGCAGAACCGCGCUUAGAGGCUGCUGCUGCUGCUGCAGCAGCAGGCGGUGCAGCAGCAGCACAAUCGCAGCCAGCAGCAGCAGAAGCAGCCGCAGAGGCUGCUGCGCUUGCCGCCGUGCUGCAGCAAAGCGGCGUAGCCUCCCCAGAGUGCGUAACUGCUGCUGCGCCUUUGCUGCUGCUGAAGUACAGCAGGGACCCCACAGCAGCAGCUGCUGCUGCUGCACAGCUGCGAGCAGCAAGUGCAGCAGGCAGCAGAAGCAAAACUGGUGCUGCUGCCGUGCUGCAGCUCAACAAAGAGCUGCAUCGAGCUAUUGUUGCUGCCGAGUCUGUAGAGGACGUGCUGCAGGCUGUAGCAGCAGCAGCAGCACGACUUAAAGAGCAGCAGCAGCAGCAGCAGGGAAGCAGCACUUGCAAACUGAGUGAAGCACAGCAGGGCGGGAAGGGACCGGAAGCUGCUGCUGCUGCUGCUGCUGAGUCAGCUGCUGCAGCAGCAACAGCAACGGAGAUGUGCCACCUGGAGCCCGCAAACAUAACGGCCGCGCUGCACCACGUGGCGCUUCGCGUGAAGCCGCAGCAGCAGCAGCAGCAGCAGCAGCAGCAGCAGCAGCAGAUCCAGUUACUUGUUGACGAGAGAAUGCUGCUGCUGCUGGAUGCUGCUGCUGCUUACCUCCCCACAAGCGACGGCAGCACAACUCGUAUUCUAUGGGCGCUGCAGCGGCUCGGUUUGCUGCGGCCUCUGCCUCUGCUGCUGCAGCAGCUGAAGCUGCUGCCGCGGCAGCAGCAGCAGCAGCAGCAGAAGCUUCUUUCGCUACGGAGCCGUCUCCAAAGGGGUCUGGUGCUGCGGCUGCAGCAGCUCUUCGAGGAGCAGCAGCUAAUGCCGCAGCAGCUUGCUGCUGCACUGCGGGUGCUUGCUGCACUAGUUGAAGACCAGGGCGACCACGCAGCAGCAGCAGCAGCAGAAGCAGCAGUGAAGGACAAUGCGGCCGAGCAGCAGCAAGAAGAAAGUGCUGCUGCUGCUGCUGCUGCUGCAGAGGACAGCCUAAGAGCAGCAAUGGGAGACCCGCGAUUUGCUGCUUCUCUUUGCUGCGCCCUCGCAGCGCAGGUGCAGCAGCUGCAGGCAGCAGAAGCAUCUGCUGCGCUGUUGGCUUUGGCCAAGCUGCGGUGGUUGCUGCUGCGGCCUGCUGCUGCUGCAUCUGGCCAGCUGCAACAGCAGCAGCAGCAGCAGCUGCUGCUGCUGCAACAGGUAAUGCAGCAAAAGCUGCUGCCGGCCCUUCUGAGGCGAAUGCAGCAGCUUUUGCCCGUCUCCAACACGCAGUGUAUUGCUGCUGCCUUAUGGGGCGCUGCAGUGCUGCAGCAGCAGCAGCAGCAGCAGCUGGUGCUACGCCAGGAGCCGCAGCAGUUAGCCUGUGAUGCUGCUGCUGCUGAGAGCGCAGCAGCAGAUUUCGUAGCUGCUGCAGCACAGCAGCUGCAACAGCAGCGCCUUGUCCGAAGAGAGGGAUCAAGGUGUCUUUCUUUGCUGCUGGUGGCCUUCACGCAGCUGGCGCCGCUGCUGCUGCAGCAGCAACAGCAGCAGCAGCAACAGCAACUGCUGCUGCAGCCUCCGGAACAGACACUAUUGCUGCUUGACGUUAUAGGAACAGCCUUGAGACGCGUGAGGGAUGACGAGGCAGAUGCAGUGCAGCAAGUUAAGAGGCAGCAGCAGCAGCAGCAGCAGCAGCAGCAGCAGCAGCAGCGUGUAGCUGCUGAGUUGCUGGAUUUGGUGUGGCAGCUGCUUGCGCGCUUGACUGAGCUGUACGUGCAGCCGGGGGCUGCUGCUGCUGCUGCUGCUGCUGCUGCUGCUGCUCCUACUGCAGAGGGGCUGGAAGCUGGUGCUUCUGUUGCUGCUGACGCUGCUGCUGCUGUGAAAACUGCCUGGUUCGAAGGUCUGUGCGGCGAGCUGGCUGCUGCUGCUGCUGCAGCACUGGAAGCGACCGCUCCCGAGCAGCAGGACCAGCAGCAGCAGCAGCAGCAGCAAGAGAGUGUUCCCCAGGAGCCGCAAGGACAGCAGCAACGGCAGCAGCAGCCCGCGCAGCAGCAGCAGCAGCAGCAGCAGCAACACAAGCAGCGAGGUCUCCCGAACCGGAUCGCUGCUCGGCUGCUGCACUCCGUGGUGCUUGCUGCUGCUGCACUGCAGCAAACAGCAAGUCUGCAUCCGCCCCACAGUGCUGAGGCCUUUGCAGCAGCAGCAACGCAGCGGGUGCUGCUGCGUGCUGCAGAGCAGCUAAAAGCUGUGACCCUCAGGCAGCUAGCUGCUGCAGCAGCUGCUGCCUCUCCAGCAAGUGCUGCUCGUGACAGCCACAAACAAGACGCAGCAACAGCAGCACCAGCUGCUGCUGCUGCUGCUGUUGCUGCCUAUACACCCCAGAGGCAGCAGCUCGCAAAGACUGCGCUGCUGGCUCUGGUAGCAGCAAGGCGGCUUGAAGCGCUGCAGCGGGUAAACUUGCAUGCAGCAGCAGCAGCAGCAGCAGCAGAAGCAGCAGAAGGAACAGCAGGACCUGCAGAGCUAGAUUCGGCAGAAGCAGACGGGGCAGCAACAGCAGCAGAGCCAGCUCUUGACGCUGCGGCAGCAGCAGCAGCAGCAGCAGCAGCAAAGGCUCCACGCAUCUCUGCGUUGAAGCUUAUACGGCAUUUGCUGCAGUUGCUGCCGCACACAGCCACAGAUACUCUUUUGCUGCUGCUGUCAGAGGCAAACCGUUUGGUGCAGCAGCUGCAGGUGCCUUCGCAGCUGCUGCAGCAGCAGCAGCAGCAGCAAGAGCAGCAAACCAAGGCGCGGAGCUCUUCACGUCGCCGUGCAGGUUUGCGGCCCCGUGCAGCAGCAGCAGCAGCAGCAGAGGCAGACACAGCAGCAGAAAAAGAGCUGCAUGCAUUUGCUGCUGCUCUUGGGGCUUGGAUUAAUGAAAACUGGCAGAGGGCCGGCGCGGCGCUGCAGCAGCAGCUGCUGCCACUUGUUGAGGCUCUGGGGCUGCAGCAGCUGCUGCUGCACACGCUGGAACGCCAAGCAUUCUCCGGGCAGCAGAACACAGACCAGAAUCAGCAGCAGCAGCAGCAGCAGCAGCAGCAGCAGAAGAUGACGCAGCCAGCUGCUGCUCCUGCUGCAAUGUCGCGCAUGCAUGCAGCGAGGCAGCAGCUCCUGCUGCUGCUCCGGUGGAGACGGCGCUUGGGGCUGCAGCGGGCUGGAGUGCUGUUUGCUGCUGUUGCGUCUGAUUUGCUGCUGCUCCCCGAAAGUGAAAGAGCAGCAGCAGCAGCAGAUCUGCUGCUGGCCUUGAGCCGCCUGCAGCCUGAUGAGCGUGAAGCUGCUGCUGCGGCGGCGCUCGAAGCAGCGGAAGCUUGGCGCAACAGCAGCAGCAGCUUCUCCGCAAGCAGCAGCAGCAGCAGCAGCAGCAGCAGCAGCAGCAGUUCCAGCAGCAGCACCCAUGAAGAAGCGAAUGUAAGGCCUUCAGCUGUGCUGCUGCAGCGGCUGCUGCAGGACCUUGCUGCUGUCAGCCAAGAGCAGCAGCAGCUGGGCCAGCAGCAGACGCUCUGGGCUUUGCUGGACCUGAAGACAGCAACUCGUGCUGCAGCUGCUGCAGGGGACUUGUUGCAGCAGCAGCAGCAGCAGCAGCAGCGCAAAGCUGAGCAUGCAGCAGAGCUGCUGCAGCCGGCAGUUUCUCGGAUACUACAGGACUUCAGAGCUGCAGAUAAAUUCCCUGAUGUCUCGGAAUCUGCUGCUGCUGCUGCUGCUGCUGCUGCUGCUGCUGCGAGCAACUCCUCACAUUCAGCGCUGACAGCCGCUGCUGCAUGCAAAGCAGAUGGGGCGUCUCCUGCAGCACUGGCUGCUGCUGCUGCUGCGCUGCUGCGUCUCAAACAUUUGCUGCCGCAGCAGGAGGGAGCAGCAGCGACAGCAGCAGCACGGCAGCUGCUGCUGCAACUGUGCAGCAGCGCCUCACAAAGGCAGCAGCAAACGCAGCAAAUGGAGCAGCAGCAGGCUGUGGGGCGGGCUAGCUUGGCAGCGGCGCUGCUCCGUGCGCUGCAGCAGCUGCUGCAGCAGCAGAGCAGCGCUGCUGCAGCACCAGAGUCCGCGCUUUUGUCUCCCGAAAGCAGCAGCAUUUUUGCUGCUGCAGCAAAGCUGCUGCACUCAGUGCAGCGCUGUCUCCAUUUGCUGCCUCAGGGCCCUGCCGUGUCUUUAGCGCAGGAAGCAGCAAAUGUGGCUUUGCCAGCAGCUGCUGCAGUGGCUGCAGCGAGGCCUGCUGCAGCUGCUGCUGCAGCAGCAGCUGACAAGGCGCAGGAGACGCUGGCUGCUGCUGCAGCGUUGCUGCAAACUUGCUGCAGCAGAAUGCAUCUACCGUCCACUGCAGCAGCAGCUGCUGCUGCGGGACCACUGGGUAAGCUGUCUGCUGCUUUAGAGAAGCUUCGGCCCGUUGCAGCAGCAGCAGCAGCAGCAGCAGCAGCAGCAGGAACUUCAGCACUGGCCCGCCCCUUGGAAGACAUUGAUGCAGCGCGCAGCUCCUUAGCUGCUGCCAUUGAGGCGCUGGCGCGGAGUCCCGCUGGCGCCGAAGCAGCAGCAGCAGCAGCAGCAGCUGCUGCUGCUGCUGCUGCUGUUUCUUGUCCGAAAGAAGCAGACACGAGCGGUGAUUUCAUGCCGCCCGGUGCUGCUGCUGCUGCUUGUGCUGCUGCUUCUGCUGCUGCUUCUGCGCAAGUGAAAACGCUGUGGACAGCAGCAACGCAUGCGUUGCUGCAGCAGGCAGCUCCAUUGGCAGCAGCAGAUUUGCUGCAGUGGUCGGGUGCUGCUGCGUCUAGCAGCAGCACAGGCUUGCUGCAGCAGCGCGUGGAAGCUGCCGAAGGAGCAGCUGCAGCAGCUUCUGCUGCAACAGCUUUAGCUGCAGCAGCAACAGGGAAGCCAGAGGAGGCUGCUGCUGCUGCUGCCUGGCUAAAGCUGCAGCGAGCGCUGCGGCUGUGGGAGAGCAAGUCAGCUCCUCGAAUUGCUGCAGCAGCCAGCCUCAUCAGCGGCACUGGCUUUGCUGCUGCUGCUGCUGCUGCUGCUGCACCUGCUGCAGCAGAAGCAGCAGGCAAGACGGCGACGGAAGCUGCGUCUGCAGAGCCGCCUGCAGCAGCAGCAGCAGCAGCAGCAGCAAAAACGACUGGGGGCUUCAGGAAGUCGCUUAGCAACAAGGUUGUGCUGCUGUGGCUAGCUGCGGAGCUCCUGGCAGCAGAAACAGAGCAUCAACAGCAGCAGCAGCAGCAGCAGCAGCAGCAGCAGGGCAUCCAACAACUAGACACUGAGCUAGCUUCCAUUCGCAUGCAGCUGCUGCGAGGCCUGCUGUCGGCGGUGCGUGCUGCAGCACCAAAGUAA